AUGGCGAGUUUAGGAGUGCUCAUAUUUUUGGUGGCUGUGUCCGGAGCUUUGGGCUUCCAGGACGCAUCCCGCUUCGCGUUCCCUGAAGAUGUGCGAGGUCUGAGCAGCGCACGCAUCGUGUCCGGCUGGGAGGCGGAGGAGGGUCAGAUCCCGUACCAGCUUUCCCUGCGUAUGGUGAGCGCCAUCGGCGGGGUGACCGGCUGCGGAGCCUCUAUCAUACACCCGGAGUGGGCGCUCACCGCCGCGCACUGUACCGCCACACGUGUGACGGUGGUCAUCCGCGCCGGCGUCACCAACCUGACCCGUCCGUUCGCCAUCUUCGAGACCACCGAGUACUACAACCACCCUCUGUACAACGAGCAGCUGCAGACCGUCGUCCAGCCCCACGACAUCGGCCUUAUCAAGUUCAACCGCGUUAUUGAGUACAAUAACCUGAUCCAGCCUGUGAGGAUGCAGAACAGUCUGAACAAGAACCGCAACUACGAGGGCAACCGGCUCAUGGCCAGCGGCUGGGGCAGGACCUGGACUGAAGGCUCAUCCCCCGAGAUCAUGAACUGGGUGUACCUGACGGGCGAGUCGAACGAGCGAUGCCGCACGAUGUUCGGCGGUAGCUCCAUCAUCGUCGACUCCACCAUCUGCGCCAGCGCCUACAACGUCUCCAGCCAGUCCACCUGCCAGGGUGACAGCGGCGGUCCGCUGGUGGUGAUCGACGACGACGGCCAGGUGACGCAGGUCGGCAUCUCCUCCUUCGUCUCCACCACUGGCUGCCACACCGACCUCCCCGCUGGUUUUAUCCGUCCUGGCCACUACCACGACUGGUUCCUGGAAGUGACCGGUAUCAACUUCGACUGGGUGCCCCAAGAACCUACACCAGCCCCCGAAUCUGAAGAGGAGGAGUCAGAGGAAUCAGAGGAAGUAACCACCGCCGCUCCUGAGGAGUCAGAGGAAUCAGAGGAAGUAACCACCGCCGCUCCUGAGGAG